GUCACGUGAUGGGAAGGAGGCAACGUCGCCAUCUUGCAUUCUUCCUUUUGCUUCCUGUUGAGAUUUGUCGAGGGGUUUGGAAUACGCUUGCUUCGUCUACAACAUGAUUUUACUAGAGAUAAACAACAGGAUUAUAGAGGAUACCCUACGGGCUAAGUUUUCUGGUGGCAAGUUCGAGUCCGUUGAGGUCACGAUUGCAGACUUUGAUGGGGUUCAGUUCCACAUCUCUAAUCCAGAUGGGGAAAAAUCUAAACUACGGGUCAGCAUUACAAUGAAAUUCUACAAGGACCUUCAGAAGUAUGGGGCUGAUGAGCUUCUCAAGAAUAUCUAUAAAGAUUACAUAACCAGCCCAGAAGAUGGAUAUGACGUCAGCUUGCUUUUUGAUCUUGAGAAUCCUCCUCCAGAGAGUGAAAGAGAGCAAGUUAUCAACAAGGUGGCAAUGUUGAAGAGAAAUUGUUUUGCAUCUGUCUUUGAGAAGUAUUUUGAUUAUCAAGCUGCUGGUUCAGGAGGCGAGCAACAUGCUGUCAUCCACUAUAGAGAUGACGAGACUUUAUAUCUACAGGCCACUGAAGAUCGAGUCACAGUCAUUUUCAGCACUGUCUUCAAAGAUGAUGAUGAUAUAAUCAUUAGUAAAGUGUUUAUGCAGGAAUUCAAGGAAGGUCGUCGUGCAAGCCAGACUGCCCCCCAAGUCCUCUUCAGCCAUAAAGACCCCCCUAGGGAGCUUCAAGGGACAGGAGCUAGCACAGGCGAAAACAUUGCAUAUAUCACUUUUGUUCUGGAACCAAGACAUACCAACCCUAAAGCUCGAGAGGGCACAAUCAACCUGAUCCAUACGUUCAGAAACUACCUCCACUAUCAUAUCAAGUGCUCUAAGGCAUACCUGCAUACUCGCAUGCGAGCGCGCACUGCAGACUUCAUCAAGAUCCUGAACAGAGCACGGCCUGAACCCAAAACCACGGAAAAGAAGACUAUCACUGGUAAAACAUUUGUACGACAGUAGCUUCAAUAACAAAAACUACAUGCUCAACAAUUGGAAAGCUAUUCACCAUCGUGACAAGACGUCGAGACACGUUUCUUAAAGUGGAUACUAUAACUCCAGCUAGAUACAAAUUCUAUUAUUUUUGUGCACAGUUAUGUAAAAUGGAUUAUAGAAUGUUUCUUUAUAUUCCCAUGCUGAAUCACAAAAAUGUAACUUGAUAGCAUUUGAUAUCCUAAAAUGUUUUUAUUGAUGUUAGCAGUUCGUUUGGAGGCAUCCGGUAAAUCAAUCUGACUUCAACUCUUUGCAAAAAAAUACAUAGGGUGUAUAUCAUUGUCAAAGAGCUGUGGUCAGAUAUAGAAUAAUAAAAAUCGUAAAAGGUGCGAUCAAAAUAAAUUUAAAAUGUUUUCUAA